UUCCAAACUUCUAGAGUUGUACCCUGUUCACCAUCCCCUCCCUCCUAAAGAAGUUUGAAAAUAGCUUCACCGCAGUGGCGGCGGUGCGAUCAGCAUUAACUAACAUUAGCAUGCUCUUACGCUUACGCCGCCUUCCAUUAAACUCAAACCUGUUACUGUCACUACCCAUCAGUGCUCACUGUUCCACCACCACCGCUUCUGCAAUUCACAUCACAACCACCCCUACGCUUCGCAAAGAAGAACAAUGCAAUCCCUUAUCACCACACGCCAAACACUUGAUUCAGCAAAACAUCGUUGUUGGUGUCACUGUCACCCACCUCCUCGGCAAAUGCAUAACCUGCGACAAUGUCGCCGAUGCCAUUUUGGUUCUAGAGUGUCUCCAUCCAUCCCCAUCACUUGUUUACUGGUGGAAUCAGCUCAUAAGACGAGCUCUUCAUCGUGGAAUUUCGAAUGAAGCUUUGGGUCUUUACUGUCGGAUGAGGAUGCUUGCUUGGACCCCUGAUCAUUACACCUACCCUUUCGUUUUCAAAGCUUGCGGCGAGAUCAGUUGUUUCUCUCUUGGCGCGUCGCUUCAUUCUGAUGUUGUUCGAUUCGGGUUUGUCUCGAAUGUGUUUGUUUGCAAUGCUGUGGUUGCUAUGUAUGGAAGGUGCGGCGCUCUUCAUCACGCACGCGAGGUGUUUGAUGAUUUGUGCCAGCGAGGAAUUCAGGAUUUGGUUUCUUGGAAUUCUAUUGUGACUGCUUAUAUGCAGGCUUCUGAUGUAAACACUGCAUUUGAACUGUUUGGUAAGAUGACAAAGAGAUAUGGGUUAUCCCCGGAUGCUGUCAGCCUUGUUAAUAUCCUUCCUGCUUGUGCUUCCCUGGGUGCCACUCUGCAGGGUAAAGAGGCUCAUGGGUUUGCUAUUAGAAGUGGAUUGGUGGAUGAUGUUUUCGUGGGGAAUGCUGUUGUGGAUAUGUAUGCCAAGUGUGGCAAGAUGGAGGAAGCAAGUAAGGUUUUCGAGAGGAUGAGGUUUAAGGAUGUUGUUUCUUGGAAUGCAAUGGUCACUGGGUAUUCUCAAACGGGAAGAUUUGAGGACGCACUUUCUUUGUUUGAGAAGAUGCGGGAGGAGAAUGUCAAGUUAGACGUUGUGACUUGGACUGCUGUUAUUGCAGGGUAUGCUCAGAGAGGGCAUGGUUGUGAAGCCCUGGAUGUGUUUCGGCAGAUGUACAAAUGCGGUUCUCGUCCAAAUGCGGUUACCCUUGUAUCUUUACUUUCAGGCUGUGCAUCAGUUGGAGCAUUGCUUCAUGGGAAAGAAGUUCAUUGUUAUGCCAUCAAAUUUAUUCUCAACGUCAACUCGGAUAGGGAUGAAUAUCAGAUGGUAAUUAAUGCUCUAAUUGACAUGUAUGCUAAAUGCAAAAGUCUAGAAGUUGCUCGUGCAUUGUUUGACUCCGUAUCUCCAAGAGAUAGGGAUGUUGUCACCUGGACCGUGAUGAUUGGGGGGUUUGCGCAGCAUGGAGAUGCCAACAAUGCUCUGCAACUUUUCUCUGAAAUGUUCAAAACAGGCAACUCUAUAAAACCUAAUGAUUUUACCUUAUCUUGUGCCCUCAUGGCUUGUGCUCGUUUGUCAACAAUGAGGUUUGGUAGGCAAAUUCAUGCAUACGUGUUGCGAAGCCGUUAUUGUUCUGGUGUUCUGUUUGUGGCUAAUUGCCUCAUAGACAUGUAUUCCAAGUCUGGAGAUGUAGAUACUGCUCGAACUGUUUUUGAUAGCAUGUCAGAGAGAAAUGCUGUCUCUUGGACGUCCUUAAUGACAGGCUAUGGCAUGCAUGGUCGCGGUGAAGAUGCUCUCCGGGUUUUUGAUGAGAUGAGAAAAGUGGGUCUAGUGCUUGAUGGUGUAACGUUUCUUGUCUUGCUUUAUGCUUGUAGUCAUUCAGGAAUGGCGGAACAUGGAAUCAAUUUCUUCUAUAGAAUGAGCAAAGAAUUUGGGGUCCAUCCUGGGGCAGAGCAUUACGCUUGCAUGGUUGAUCUUUUGGGUCGUGCUGGUCGUCUUGAUGAAGCUAUGAAACUCAUUAAUGACAUGCCCAUGAAACCAACCCCAGUGGUGUGGGUGGCCUUGUUGAGUGCUUGUCGGGUACAUUCAAACGUGGAACUUGGGGAAUUUGCCGCAAAUCGAUUGUUAGAAUUGCAGGCCAAGAAUGAUGGGUCAUAUACAUUGCUUUCAAAUAUAUAUGCUAAUGCCAAACGCUGGAAAGAUGUGGCUAGGAUUAGAUAUUUGAUGAAACAUGCUGGAAUUAGGAAAAGACCUGGUUGCAGCUGGGUCCAAGGAAUGAAAGGCAUUGCAACCUUCUAUGUGGGUGACAGAACUCACUCACAAUCUCAGCAGAUAUAUGAAACACUCGCAGACUUGAUUCAGCGCAUUAAAGCUAUUGGAUAUGUUCCUCAGACAAGCUUUGCUCUUCAUGAUGUCGAUGAUGAAGAAAAAGGUGACCUGCUUUUUGAACAUAGUGAGAAGUUGGCUCUUGCCUAUGCCAUCCUAACACAGCCGCCUGGUACACCUAUCCGAAUCACUAAGAACUUACGCAUUUGUGGUGAUUGCCACAGUGCCAUAACCUACAUAUCCAUGAUUGUUGAACAUGAGAUCAUACUAAGAGACUCGAGCCGCUUCCAUCAUUUCAAAAGCGGAUCCUGCUCAUGCAAAGGGUACUGGUGAAGCAUUUAAUUUAUUAGUUGCUAUUC